CGGAUGGGCUGUUGCUGACGGCCAACAAACAUGCUGCAGUCUUGUUUCCCACGCAUCGCACAGUCAGGACUACGUCUGAGCUACCUUGGUGUCCCUCCUCGUAGAGCAAUCUCAUCAACAAUGGCUCACAAACGGGUAGCGAACCCAGCUCUCUUUAUCUGCGACCUGCAGGAGAAGUUCCGGCCAGCAAUCCAUGAGUUCCCAAAGGUGGUUGCGACAGCACAGAAGCUGCUGAAGGCAAGCCAGGUCUUGAACAUUCCCGUCAUCGCUACCACGCAGAAUAGAGCUCGUUUGGGGGAGACUUGUCCAGAGCUGGCUCUAGAUGCGCCCGGCGGCAUCAAGACCCUAUGCCACGUGGACAAGACGCUAUUUUCCAUGAUAACACCCGAAGUCAAGAAAACCCUCGACUCGCUCAAAGCCUCCGGGCCGCUAUCCUGCAUCAUCGUUGGCAUCGAGAGCCAUAUUUGCGUCACCCAAACCGCCCUCGAUCUUCUCAGCGCCGGACAUAAAGUAUAUGUCAUUGCGGACGGCGUAAGCAGCUGCAAUAAGGAGGAGGUGCCGAUUGCACUGGCGAGGCUGAGGCACGAGGGCGCAGCGGUGGUGACGAGCGAGAGCUUCUUAUAUGAAUGUGUUGGAGACGCUGGGACACCUGAAUUCAAGCAGAUCAUCAAGGUGGUCAAGGACCAUUCGCAAAGCACCAAAGACGUGCUUCAAACUCUCUGUAAGAUCUAGAGUAGGUGUAUAUUGAGCAAUUGAAACAUUGGCAAUAAUUACGUGUAU